AUGAAAUUAAUGCGAAGGUCUAAGACUGUCGAAACGACAUCUUCUACCACUUCUACCCCUACUCCUACUUCAUCGCGAUUUCAAAAUUUAUCACCUACUGAAAUUAGAGAUUCUAUGCAUUUAAAUGUUACACAAACAUCCUCUUCAAAGUCAGGUUCAAUGUCAUCGAGAUCAUCUUCUAAAAAACAAAAAUGGGGUUUUGCUUUUAGAAAAAGAUGGUUUUCUGCAUCAUCUUCUAGUAAUGCAAAACCAUCUAAUUCACGAUCAUCUACAGAAUCUGAAAGUUUUACCCCUGGUACCAGUGCAAGUCCACAUGGAACAAUUAACCAUACGGAUACAUUAUUAGAAGAAGAUCCUUCAAGUCCUAUUCUUGAUAAUAUACCUAAAUUAACAUUUUUAGGAAGUUUUCCACAAAAUUAUACACUUGAUGUAAAAUGUGAAACAACAUCAACAGAUCGACCAACUCUUGAAAGUCCAUCAUCACCAGCAACAAAUAGUGGAACUAAAAAAAGAUCAUUUAAGCGUUUUUUUAAUUCCUCCUCUGGACAAGCAUCUCCACAACCACCAACAGAGUUUAGCUGUUAUAGUAAUAAUAAAGUAACGACAACUGAAGAAGAUAUUAAAGAUAUUCCCAGUACCAGUGAAGUUAAUAUUGAAAAUAUUAAAAUUGAAGAGAGUGAUAACAAUCAAGAGGAGAGAAGCAAUUUCGAGAAAGGUCUAAUCCAAAAUCAGGAUAGCUUAAAUAGUGAAAGUAAAGAUACUUCUGAAAAUAUGGAAAAUCCAAUAUCUCUAUCUAAUCCACAAUCAACAAUUGAAUCCUCCACAACACCAGAGUCUCUUUCUGUUUUAUCACCACCAACAAAAGAACAGACGCCGGAGGAGCAAUCAAGGACCAAACGACAAUAUGUAUUGAUGGAGUUGGUAGAGACUGAACGUGACUAUGUUAAAGACUUAACCUCAGUUGUUGAGGGAUACAUUGCUAAUAUUGAGUCAAUGGAAUUACCAGAAGAUCUCCAAGGAAAGGAUAAAAUUAUUUUUGCAAAUAUAGCACAAAUACUAGAGUUUCAUAAAACAUUAUUUGUUAAAGAAAUUGAAAAAUGCCUUACGGAUUAUGAGUGUGCGGGUCAAGCAUUUGUCAAGUAUGAAAGACGUCUACAUACUUAUUAUGUUAAAUAUUGUCAAAAUAAACCUAAAAGUGAUUAUCUUGUCUCACAGGAAGCUUUUGAACAAUUUUUUGCUGAGACAAAACAAAAAUUAGGGCAUAAAGUUGCAUUAUGUGAUUUAUUAAUAAAACCAGUACAACGAAUUAUGAAAUAUCAAUUACUAUUAAAAGAUAUAUUAAAAUAUACAGAGAGAGCCGGUGAUAAAGUUGAUGUAUUAAAAAAAGCAUUAGAAGUUAUGCAUGUUGUUCCAAAAGCAUGUGAUGAUAUGAUGCAAGUAGGUAGAUUACAAAAUUUUGAUGGUAAUUUAAAUGCACAAGGAAAAUUAUUGUUUCAUGGUACAUUACAAAUAUCAGAAUCUUUUCCAGGUCAACCAUUUAAAGGAAAAGAUAGGAGAAUAUUUUUAUUUGAACAGUCAGCUAUCAUUGCUGAUUGUAUAAUGCCAAAAAAAGAAUUUGGUAAUCCUACAUAUAUUUUUAAAAAUCAAAUAAUGGUUAAUAAAAUGGUUUUGGAGCCAAAUAUUCCUGAUGAUCCAUUAAGAUUUCUUUUAAGGAAUACAGAUAUAAGUCAAAGUUCAACAUUUAUUGCACAAGCUAUGACAUUGGAAGAAAAAGAACAAUGGAUAGGAAAAAUUAAUUCACAAUUAGAUCAACAAAAAACAUUACUAGCAGCAUUAGUAGAUCCAAAAAGAUAUCAAAAUUCAUUGGCAAGUGGGAUGCAUUCAAUGAGCUUAGGUGAACCAAAAAAAUCAGCACCACCAUUGACAACACCAUCAUCAGCUGGUAUAAUAUCAAGUACAUCAACAAAAUCAAAAAGUUCAAAAUUAUUUGGAUUUGGUAAAAAAAGUAAUAGUAAUAUCAAAUCACCAACAUCACCACCUCCAUUUGGAAAGUAA